AUGGAGCUCUUCUAUUUCGUUCUUCCGGCCCCUGACAUCGACAAAAGCAAGGCGUUCUUCUCCAAGGUAUUCGGCUGGAAAGACUUCGGGGGGGCCCAGGGCGGACAUGUCGGUUGCACCAACACCCCCUGUGGUCUGGGAGGCGACGUGAAUGAGCUGUACUUCACGACGCUGGAUAUCGAGGAGAGCCUGAAGAAGGUCGUUGCCCAUGGUGGCGCCAUCGUCAAGCAGACUGAGAACUCCGUGGGCAAAGCGGCUCUGUGCCAAGACAACCAGGGGAUAUACAUCUGGUUCCAGGAGCCCAGUGCUGAUCCACACAUCCGCGAGCACGCGCUGAACCCCAAACGGGGCACUGCCAAUAGCGACUUAUUCUUCUUCUCUAUCCCGGCACCCGAGGAAGCGAAGGCCAUGGACUUCUACCCCGGUGUGAUGGGAUGGACCUUUGACGAGAAGAAGGCCAAGGGCGGCAUGGGAAUCCAGAACACCAAAGGCGCACAGGGCGGCUUGUCUGUGGGCAAUGCGAAGUCUCAGUACCCCAGCCUCUGGUUUCGUGUGGACUCGACCGAGACCACCCUCCGCCUUGUCAAAGAAGCAGGGGGCAAAGGAGAGAUCUUCGAAGCUCCAGAAGGCAUCAUGAGCGAAUGUGAGGACGACCAGGGUGUCAAGUUCGGUAUCGUGCAGCCUGCGCCCGGUUACUGA